AUGGCGGACAUGCACCGGCCGAAAACGACGCAUGAGCUUUAUGACGAAACUCGGGAUUUUGGGCCUCGGCUGCUCAGCCUGGAAACUGACUACGAGGAUUUUCUCCCCAUCAGCAAGUUGCAUCCCGAGCCGCCGUUAGAAACCGACACUGUGCCCGAUGAUUUUGUACGCCCCCCCGGGGCGAGCCACACCCUGAGCGACACAUGGGUCCAGCGAAUGAUGCUUCCGUCAAGUACGGCCCCGCAGCUUCCGCCACCGGAUCCUGAUGAGGUGCUUCGAAGCGCCCGCAUCACCCGGGAACAAUUGGAGGGCGAGUUAGUGCAGGAUAUCGAUGACCCCACACACAGCCAGGUUGCCGAGGCCGUGGAAAGGGCGGUCAUGAAGUUUGCUUACACCGGGCUGGAACGACACCCCAGCGCAACGCCUCGGACCCCGCUCCCACUGGUCGAGGCAAAAAGAGAGCAGGACCUGCUGAAAUCCCUCAUCGGCUCUUUCCCGGCAGCCUCCCAGGUGCGGCUCAUGCCGGAUCCCACCAACCCCGAGCGGUUGAUGCUCACGCAGGACGGCACCGCAUAUAUCUACCGGGGCCGCGGACCGGUAUUCCGCAACAACUCAUGCGCCGUGGACUGCGUUAUCGCCGUCGGUAAAAUGUUGGACGUCGGAUCCACGGUGAUGGAUCGGCAAAUGCCCCAUUGGCACGAAAAUCUCGGCCGCGUGGAAAAGGCGUUUAUCGAAGCCACCGAUGUGAACUGGGAUGUAUGCACGGUGACCCAGAGCAUUGAGAUGCGCGACCGUUUCUGGGAGGUGGCCGCGGCUGAACAGCCCGCCAUUGUCGUGGGCAACAAUGGCCCUCUUUGGUCCGUCUGGAAGGCCGCGGCCGGCAAUUCCCCCCAGUUCCGGUACACUGUGGAGGAGGAGAGGUCUUGUCAGGGUUCGCUCUGUCCAUUCAAAGAGACGGACAUGCAACACAAAUCCUCCGUCAUCUUGUCGGGCAGGGCCCAAAGACGCAAGGAGAAGACGGUGCCCAUGCCAGAGCUGCUGCCGCGCCACUUCUCGCGAGAGACCCGGGAAGCUUGCCCGAGAUGUCAAAGAGCGGAAAGCCUGCUUGUGCGCAAGCGGUUCAGUUCGCUGCCGGCGCGCAUGGUGGUCACGGUGGACGGCUCGAUUUCCACCAAACGGCACACCGGCGACAUCGAUAUCAUGUACACCGACCUCAAUGGUGUGGAGAAGACAGCCGUCUACCGCUGGUUGGGCGGCAUCUAUUGCCAGACCGACCACUUCCGCGUCUAUUGGACCGACACCAACCGGGGGGAGGAGGACAAGGGCGGCGUCCGCCUCUACGACAGUCUGAUGAACCUCGGACUCAUCGUCGGCGGCAUCCGGCGCCUCAAUCGGCUCGAAAAGGUCCCCAAAGCCUGGUGGAAGGACAAGGCAAUCCCGCUUCUGAUCUACGAGCUGGUCCCGAACCCGACUCGGGAGGUCCUCGUCACUGCGCGACGCACCAUCAGCGAAAUGCUCGAGCACCAGCGGCAGGGUCGGCCGAUCCUCACGCACCACACCCCAUGGGCCAGCACGAAUAACCCGGAAACCGUGCCCAGGCCCGUGUUCUGGAACCGCAUCCUGCCCCUCGACGUACCGUACUACUACCAGUCCCACGGAGGGUACCAGCCGAUGGGCAUGUCCGACGCCAACUUCAUUGCGGCCGCGACGCUGGCGCGCUCGAUGUCGUUCUCGCGGGGGAUGUCGCAGGGCUCCGAGGGGAUGCAGGGCGUUUUGUCGUCACCAAAUGGCCAAGGCGGCAUGUCAGUGCUCAACUCUGGCGUGCCGGGGCUGAGCCCGCAGAUGGGUGGUAAUGUGACGGGGUUCACGCCUCCUGGGAUCCCGCCUUUUGGGUUCUCGCCUGCUAUGGGUGGAUUGUUACCGAAUGCGUCUACAGGCAUGACUCCCUUGGCCGGGAUGUUAAACCUAAACGGCACGAACGCCAACGGCACCGCGAACAACAACAAUACGGAUAACAAUGCGAACAACAACACGGGGGCUAACAACGCAAUGAGCUACAUCGCGAACAGCAACACGAACGGCAUGAUGAACAAUGCAGGGAUGGCAACGGGUUUCUCUCCACUGCUCGGCAACAUGACCGGAUGGACUCCCCCUCAUGGCAUGCCUCCCAUGUUCAACACGGGCGGCACAACUGGACUGUCUCCUCUGAUGAACGCGACGGGGUUUUCUCCUCUGGUGAAUGCACACGGGUACUCGCCUUAUCACUCGCCCUAUUUCGCGCCCAACUUUAACCCCCCUUUCACACCGGGAAUGCUUGGAGGCGCUCAUACGUUUUCUCCGGGUUUCUUCAACUCCGUCCUAUCCCCCUUUGGCAGUCCCCUGCCGGGGGAGGCUGGCAAUGGUAACAGUAAUGCCAACAGCCCGGGGAAUUCCAACCAGGGCAAUGGGAACAACCAAGACAAUGCCAACAACCAAGGUGAUACCAAUAACCAAGGCGAUACCAAUGAACCGGCCAAUGCCAAGGGCCAGGAGAACACCGGCAGCCAGGCCAGCCGGAAUGGCAAGAAUGCCGCGGCCCCGGCGGCGAAUCCGUCACCCAAUACCGUGAACAUGAUGGGCGGUUUUAACCCUAACAUGGUGGGUGGUUUUGCACCCAACAUGAUGAGCGGGUUUUCUCCGAACAUGAUGAACUACUUCUCCCCGGGCAUGAUGCAGGGGUUCAAUCCAGGCAUGAUACCAGGGUUCUCGCCCCAGCCGCCCGCCAACAUGAUGACACCGUCCGCGUUCAACAACAACAACACCAUCAACCCGCAGCUGCUGAGCCUCAACCCGAACCAGCAGCCCAACAUCUUCGACUACGCGCUGGCAGGCCAAAGCCCUCCCCGCAACGGCAACAACAACAACUUCGACCCAAUCUACGGCAACCGGGACCCGGCAGCCGAUCUGACGGACCUGCUGGACGACACGGCGACGGUGUACGAAGACGCCAUGGACACGGAGAUGCAGCUCGACGACAACGCGCCGGCGUCCCCCCAGUCGUGGACCCAGGAUGCGGGGCCGGGUGGGGCCAGGGCCAUGCCGCAGUUUGUCGGGGCGGCCGAGACCGAGGAUAGUGACUCGGGGCCGGGAGGACAGGUUCCCACGCCGCGGUCGAUGACGCGUUCGAUGACGCGCAAGCGCCAGGUUGAGGAGGUGUAUGUGCCGGACGGGGAUGAGCACGAUAGUGACUCGAGCGUGGUUGAGCAGCCGGUGCGCAAGCGGCCGGUGCGGAAAGCGGCGAAGAAGAAGAGGGCGCUAUAG